UUUUGUCUAUGUAGUUUCUUUCUAAAAAAAUGUGACAUAUAACUGAAGAAAAAGUUAAAGUUACUUUUGUAUUUAUAUUAUUUUGUUCCAAAAUGUUUCGCAAAGUAAUAGUUGGAGUGUCUGGUGGAGUUGAUAGUGCUGUCAGUGCAUAUCUACUUAAGGAAAAAGGGUUUUCUGUGUUGGGAGUAUUUAUGCGUAAUUGGGAUGAACUUGACGAAACUGGCCGUUGUUCUGGAGAAAAAGAACUAGCAGAUGCAACUUAUGUUUGCAACAAAAUUGGCAUCGAUUUGGUUGAAGUGAAUUUCGUUAAGGAGUAUUGGAACAAUGUAUUCUCGAAUUUUCUUGAAGAUUAUCAAAAUGGACUGACCCCUAACCCAGAUAUACUAUGCAACAGACACAUAAAAUUUGAUCACUUCUAUAAGCAUGCAGUAGAAAAACUCGAUUUCGAUGCAAUUGCAAUGGGUCAUUACGCUAGAACGUCAUUCGGACCAUAUCUGGAAAACUAUAAUAAAAAUGAAGAAGUUCGUCUUCUUCAAGCAAAAGAUUCAUUUAAAGAUCAGACUUUCUUUCUAUCUGGCAUUCAACAAGAAGCCCUUCGAAAAACAAUGUUUCCCUUAGGAGAAUUGACAAAGAGUGAAGUGAAAGAUAUGGCGAAAAAAAUUGGACUUCGAAGAGUUGCUUUGAAAAAAGAAAGUACAGGAAUUUGUUUCAUUGGCAACAGAAAUUUCAAAAAUUUCAUUAAAGAGUAUAUUCAUUCAAAACCUGGUGACUUCAUCGACAUUGACACGGGUAAAGUAGUAGGACAACAUGAGGGCUUUCACCAGUGGACAGUUGGACAACGAUGUCGGUUGCAUUCGUUUCUUCGUCCGUAUUUUGUUGCUGCCAAGGAUGCUGAAACAAAUUCUAUACUUGUUGCAAAUGGUACUGAUAACCCCGCCUUAUUUUCAAAUGUCAUUUACACACAACAACCAUCAUGGAUUUCCACCAAUCCACUUAAAGACUUCAACCACCUAAGAUGUAAAUUUCGAUUUCAACAUACAAAACCUUUAGUUGAUUGUACAGUAGAAAAAGCAAGUGAUAAGACUGGCUUAAUAGUAACCUUAGACAAACCUCUACGCGCACUCACACCAGGUCAAUAUGCUGUACUCUAUCGAGAAGACGAAUGUUUAGGCAGUGCCAGAAUUAUAACCUCAGAACAGAUGCAAAAUAAUUUCAAACAAUUUGCAAAAAUACAAAUGUAACGAAAAAGCAAUAAAUUAAAAAAAAAUGUAAAUGGUUCUUAUUUUAUUUUAUAUAUUUUUUGUAUUGUCUAUUGUAAGAAAUAUUAACGAAGCUUAUAGUCAAUUUUUUGUUGUUAACAAUUAUUCAAAGAUAAAUACAAUUUCACCCUGAUUUAAAAA